GUGCAGGAACAUCGUCACGUAGCUGGCACAUCGCGCCCACUCGCGAGCGCCCCAUUCGCAUCGCUGACCGCCGUCUCCUAGCGCGACUGCCGCCGAAUGACCCCGAGGGACGGCCAGAUCAGGCGGCAUGGACGUGUCGUUGGAUCGGUGUGACGCACGGCACAUGGGCCUCGAACAGCAAAGCAGAUGUGCCACUAGUGUCGAUGGCGGACCGCGUUCGAGGGGGUUCAGGGAGGAAUUAAGUGACGCCAGCGACGACAAGGCUGACGGCCCGCUGCCCCCGGGGAAAGAACGUGCAUGGAAUGGAAACUUAAAUGCGCCCGAACUUACCGGUCUGAGGGUUCAUCUUUGCAGGUCUUCUUGUUUUCGGGUGCGAUCGGCAGUCGCAGGCAGUGCCGGCAGCGUCGCCGUCGGGAGAGCUGUCAAAGGUACCUCAUCAGUACCGAGCAAGGUAUCGGCGCGUUCCGGAAGAGUGGGCAGCAAUAUCCCACUGGGCGCAAACGAAGGCGCCAUCGCGGGCACCUUUCCCGCCGCCAUAGCCCGUUCCAGUGCGCCGACGCUGUCCAAGCCAUCGUCGCAGCACACCACAAUUCGGUGUACUUCGUGGAUGGCAGAUUGGGACAUUGCGAUGGAGGGGGAGAAACAUACCGGGGACUUCUCUCCGAGAAAAUCUCGCGGGGGACACUGGGCUAGCCCGGGGAGCGAUCGGGCCGGCACUAGCGCGCUGUGUUCAGUGCAGCGAGCGGCGGUCACCUUCUUCUUUGACGUGACGCUUGCAUGCGUCGUGGGGAGAUUUUCAAGCCGGGCGUUGGCAGUUUUCGUCCCGCAAGGCUGUCGGCAAGAAGCUUUGACAUGAUGCGUUAGCGAACCAAGAUUCCUCUUUCGACGUCACAUGCUGCACGGCAGGUGUUCCUUUUUCCUUUGCGACGGCCGAGAUGAAAAGCGUGGGGGGAUCCAAAUCGUGCAUGAUGCCAUCCGAUGCGCUCAGCUUCCGCCUCGGAAGGCCCUCCGACUUUCCCAUCCAGGAUAAAUGCCUCAGGCCACACGGUCA